AAAAAUUUAAAUUUGGGAUACGUGCAUGAAUUAAUGACGACUGUGCUAGUGAAGUUUUUUAAUAAAUUAUCUUAAUUAAAUUUAACAUAAUACGUGGAUUCUUAACAUCAUUUCUGUAUGGAAAAAUAAACCGAUUGCAUUGCAUAACAUGCCCGGCUCUAUCUCGUAAAUAUGAAUUGCUCCUCUGUAAAACUACUUCUGAAAACUUACCUAAAAUUAGACCUUAGUUUAAGACAUAAACUGCUAAAGCACUGGUGUGCUAUUCAACAAGCAGGGUAUGGAAAUUCCCUAGGAAUUGUAUCCACAUGUGCUCGCCCUCUUCAUUUUUCUGCACCCAGAGCACAUGCACAAAAGGAUGACCUUUCAGUUCUCCUCACACCGCAAGAAGUCACAGCUACUCUCCGAAAAAAUGAAUUUAACCAAGAACUCUCAUCCGGCUCAGUCAAGUCUUUUGACUCAAAUCAGUUGGCUUCCAAUGACCCUAUUGAAGACACACGAAGUGAGGCUAUAUGUAAGAUGACAACUGGAAUGUUGAUUGGCGUGUAUGAUGGUCAUGGCGGUCCUGCUUGUGCGCAAGUUAUAUCAAAGCGGCUGCUUAACUACAUUGCAGCUGCCCUCCUUCCACUAGAUCUGCUUCAGAAAUACGCCAAACAGGAACCUCGGGAGAGUCUACUAGAAAGUUUCAAUGAUCGUGUUGAUAUUGUGCAAGACUUAAAAAUUAUUUAUGAAGAUAGUUUAAAAAGUUACUUAGUAGAUCUUGUACAUAACAGAGUAACAACAAAACAAAAGAAUGACGUAAGAACUAGCAUGGAACAAAGUAUAUUGCGCUUGGAUAGCGAUAUAUCAAGGGAGGUAGUAGAACCUUUCGAAUUAUCAGGCGAGGUGAAUCCUAAGACAUUAUCUGUAGCCCUGUCAGGAGCUGUUGUAUGUGUCACCCAUAUAGAGGGACCACACCUCCACGUCGCGAAUGUUGGCGAUUGUAACGCAGUUUUAGGAACAAUGACCGAGGAUAAAGAAUGGAUAGCAAAGAAGAUAACACAAGAACAUAAUUCUGAAAAUUUAGAAGAGUUGAAAAGAAUUUGGAGUGAACAUCCGGAUAAUGAAAGAAAAACUGUCAUCAGAAGAGAUAGAUUACUUGGCGAAUUGGCUCCACUGCGCAGUCUGGGUGACUAUCGAUACAAAUGGCCUGUAGACAUUUUGUCAAAGUUGGCUGUACCGUUAAUUGGUCAAAAAGCCAUACCAGCAAACUAUUUAACUCCACCAUACCUGUCAGCCAAACCAGAUAUUUACUAUCAUAGGCUGGCACCAAAAGAUAAAUUUUUGAUUAUCGCAUCUGAUGGGCUCUGGGAUAUGUUGACGCCACUGCAAGCUGUGAAGCUCGUUGGUGAGCACAUGAAAGGAAAAGUGUUUUUUAAUCCUCUGAAGUUGCCUAAAAAAAAUAUUCAGCUUGGUGACAUCAAAGAGUUGUUGUCUCAUAGAAAAGAGAGUUUGAAAUCAAAACCUAAAGAUAGGAAUGCUGCUACACAUCUAAUACGACACGCUAUUGGGGGAACCGAGUAUGGGGUAGAUCAUUCGAGGUUAGCUCACUUGCUGAGCCUCACGUCUGACGUUUGUCGUAUGUUCAGGGACGACAUGACGGUUACUGUAGUUUAUUUCGAUUCUGAGUUCCUAAGACAGUGUCCAACGUGAACUACAUUCACGUCGAUGUACCCAAUCUACGAAAAGCAGUGCCUUUUUAGCCACUUUUUCAUAGUAAUAUUUAUGGUUGGUAAAUAAUUUAUCGUUCUUUUAUGUAUAUAUACUUUGAUUGACAAUUUAUCUACUACGUGUGGCAUUUUGUUUUGGGUAUGAUUAAAGUAAU